AUGUAAUUAAACCAUAGCUUAAUAUAAUCAUAAAGAUGUAUAAGACAUUUUGAUGAAAAAAGUUUUGAUUAUUCAGAUUAGAAAGGAUCUUCGAUCAAAAUGAAAAAGUAUUACAAAUCAAACUAGGGCAUUUUUUUAUAAUGUUCUAUUUAAAAAUAAUAAUUAUCAAUAUUUUUGGAAUGGCUUACUUUUCUUUGCAUUGAUUGAUUUUGAGUAAAUUAGAAUAUCAGAAUUAUCAUGUAUAAAGAAUUAUAUUAAAGAUAAUGGUUCUAUAUUGGCAAUAUCAGAUUAAAGAGUUAAUACUAAAUUAUUGAUAAAUCAUCAAGUUUUAUAUCUAAUAAUUGAAGAAUAGGAUCAGGAAUUUAAAUUUAAAAUUUAAUAAUUAAAUUUUCAAAUACAAAAAUCAUAAAUAAUCCUGCAUCUUAUAAAGUAGGUGGAUUAUAUUUUUAAGAAGAUUCCUAGAGAUUUACUAUUCAAUCUACAUUAAAUAUUUAUAAUUCAGCAGAGUAUGCAGGUAGAAUAUAUUCAAAUGAAAAUAGCAAUUUAAAUAAAAAUAAUUUAGUUUAAUCUCUUCUCUUAUUUAAUAAUGUUAAAUUGGCUUCCAAUAAUAUUAAUGAAUUACCUUAACAUUUGUCUUUAUCAAUAAAUUAAAUAGAAAUACAAUUUCAAUAAAGAAUAAUUGAAAAUCAUCAUUUCAAGUCUUACAAUUAAAUCCAUAUAAAAUAAUAUCUUAAGGUUAAGUUAUAUCAACUAAUAUUUUAUUUAUUCAAGUGGUUAUUAAAUAUAGAAUUUUGAACUUUAUAAUCCUAUUCAUUUGAAAUUAUCAUCAUAUAUUACUGAAUUCAAAAUAAAUUUUAAGAAUUGA